AUGCACACGCCUGUGCUCGCCGCGACCGGGGCGGGCGAUCCCUCUCACCGGCCGCGAGGGGAGCCUGAGGCGAAUCCUCAAAAGCGGGUUCGCCACAACCCGAGUCUUGGAGCAGAGGCUACGGCCCUCGCUUCCGCGCGCCUCUCUGCGCCUGGCUCGGAUGUGCCGCAACAGCGGGUGCAUCCGGACGCACGCAGUCCAGCUGCUCCUGGUGUCUCUGGAAGCAAAGUGCGAGCGACCCACCAUGGAGCGGAAACGAGGCAAGGGGAGAGCGAUGUCUCCCGGGACCUAGAGAGUCUCUUUGCUCAGGUCGACAGCCUCACCGCGGCGUCUUCUCCUGGAGACGUCCAGGCUGGUCUGAUGAGGCUGCAGCGCGCAGCUCGCGAAUUGCUGGCGAUGGUGAAGGAGGAGCAUCGCCUGGGCGUUGCGCGACUUGAUUCGGCUUUUGCGGCCUCUGGAGAGUCUCGCGCCACACAAGAGGAGCGACUCUAUGAGGAGCACAGGGGAACUCCCAGUGCGUCUGGGGCGUUCGGAGACUCCGGCUCGAGAGGCAGUGAAGACGCCGGCGUCCGCCACCCUCUCCGGGUGUACAUCUGCCGCGCACUCCCCCUUUUCCUCGGCCUCGGGAGUCACGCGAUCCCGGUCUUCCGCCACUUUUGUGUGCAGUUCAUUGCACGCCUCAUCCACCUGGAUGGCCGCGCCGUGCCGCCGGUGCUCGGGCCCUUGAAUCGCAUGCUCGCGGAGGCGUGGGAAAAUCGCGCCGACGCCGCCUGCGCUUUUCUCCUUCACGCGACACUCAACGUCACCAGACGCUUCUGGAAAACGCUCCUUGUCUUUUCAUGCCUCGCUGCAGCUCGGCUUCGUCGCUACGGCCCGGCUGGCGCACAAGACUUCUUCGGAGGCGAACAAGCGACUGUCGACGGCUUCCGCGCACUGGUCUCCAUUCGCACUUUCCUCCAUAACCUCCUUGCCGCCCCAUCGUCUCUCCAUCCUUCCUCGUCUUCCUCAUCCUCGUCUUCCUCAUCCUCGUCUUCUUCUUCCUCUUCUGCCUCGUCUUCUGCUUCCUCCCUUUCUUCUUCAUCUCCCGCUGUCAGCUACGAGUGUUACCGGGGAGCGUUGGCCGUCGUGGAGCGCUCGCUGGAGUUUCUGUGCGCGAAGCCUCUGUCGACGCCGACGGCGAGCAGUAACGUCCGCGGUUUCCCUUUUUCCAUUGUGCCGCCUUCCUAUCCCGCUUUGCCGGUGAGCAGCUUAGCGCCUCUCUUUGCAGAUUCUCCUGCGCCUGCCUCAAAAGUUUCCAGGCUUACUCGCGCCGAUGCACUUUCGAGCGACGCAGGCGCACCUCCCGCGGUUGCCCCAACGGUCAGCUGCCAGGUUCAGUACCUUCAAGACGCGCCGCCGGUCAUUCUCGCCGACACUGGGCUGAUGAAGGCGCUCGAAGGCUGGGCGGAAACGGACGCCGACUUGCUGCUCAACCUUCUCCUCCGCCCUCCUCUCGCCUCGGCGUCUCGCCUCACGUCCCCAGACUCAGCAGCUGGAGACAACGGAGACAGCCGCUCGCGCGAGACCCGCCGCUCCAAGUCGAGCAACGGCUCUGGCGAAUCUGCCAUCGACGCGGCUUCCUACACUUUUGUCAUCCAAGCUGUCGCCUGGCUAGGCAGUCGGCGGCCUCAGCACUUGCCCCGCUUCUUUCCACCCCUCCGCGAGCUCAUUGAUCUCCUCCGCACACACUCAGACCGUUCUUCUCUGUCUGCCGCUUCGUCGUCUCCGUCUCCUUCUUCUCUCUCUUCGUCGCGUUCGCCUCUCUCUGAUCUGCUGCUGCGUCUGCCGGCGCGCACGCGCGAUGACCUUCUCGCCGUUGUCUUGAUGGAGUGUCUUCGACUGCUCGCCUCUCCGCUGUGCGCCGGCAGCGUGUGGGGCGGCAAGCUGGUUGAGGCGUUGCAUGCAGGUGGGAAGCUCGGCUCUUUCCACGCGCUUCGUCAAGAGAGCCGCGCGAUCUUCUCAGACAUGUGGGUGGCGCAGCCAAAGAGGAAGCAAAGCGGCGCCGCAGAGGCCCGCGCGUCGCUCACUUCCUCACCCACCGACUUGCUUCCCCCUGCAACGAAGCAGAGAGGAGACGCGGAGACCGAGGCCGGCGUCUGUGAAGCCGUGCGUGAGGAAGAGGCAGUUCUGCGCCAGCAGAGACUAUGGCAGAACGUCGACGAAGGCUCCUUUGUCUUGCAGCCCCACAAAAACAUCGACGCAGUCGCCUGGCUCGUCGCCACACGAACGGAGGACGCGCUCGUCGACUUGACGCUGAAGAAUCUGGGGAAGACAGGCGAAAAGGACCCGAAAAGCCGCGCGCGAACUACCCCCGCGGCGCGGGGCGAGUCUGGAGAAAAGCCGGGGCCGGGAGACGCGACAGGAGCGGAACACGAAGGAGCAAGAGACGCCGCUGACACCGCAACGUGCGCCUCAGUGGAGGCCGUCGCUCGGGAACUCUUGAGAGAAAUGGAAGACGGAAAGGCGCUCUGGAAUGAGGAACCCGGAGACGGAGGCGCAGGCUCCUCCCGCGGAGAUGCACACCUCCCCACUCUGUUUGAUAACUCAGACUGCGAACGUCUCGCUGUACACUUGACGAGUACAGAGCAGAGUCUUUCAAGACUGCGCAGUUCGCCGUCUGCCCUAGACGCGACGCAGCGCAGCAGACCGCAAGGUGAAAGAGAAAGGGGCGGCGCCAGCAACGCGCAAGCAGCUCUUCUUCCGUCCUGUUCUUCGUCUUCUCCUCUUUCUUCUGUUCUGUCUCCGGACGCUACAGCGGGCCUCGUGAAGAUCCCGCCGCUUGAGAUGGUGCAGCGACACGGCCGGCUUUUCAAGGCUCUCGUCUUCCGCCAGAUGCUUCGGUCGCCAUUCGUUCCCCGCGUCGUCGGUUCGAACAUCUUCGCCUCCGCGCUCCACUUUCACCAGAAACGGACGGAAGUUGCGAUGCGGCUUAUCUUCUGGCCGAGUCAAGACGCCGAGACGCAGCGCGAGCUCUGCGCGGCGUUUCUGCAUGCGCUCUUCAGCAACCGGACGAUGCCUGCUCUUGAAGAAGCUGUGGGUGGCGUCGAAGGACGCGAUCAUGAGGGCGAGUUGCUGGAGUGGCGCGUGCGCACAAACACUCUCCUCGACCUCCUCUUCUACAAGGCGUCUUUGGAUGCAGAGGCCCUCUCAAUUUUCCGUCGGCCUUCCGGUCCCCCGAACCUCCACCCUGCAUGCUGCAUCGAAAAGGUAAAGCGAUCGAGAUGUGGAAGUCGUGACCAUCUGGCUCGCAACUCGGCGCCUUGUCUUGUUGCCGACUUCUUCACUGCCCCGUCUUCUUCUUCUUCUUCUUCUUCUUCUUCUUCUUCUUCUUCUUCUUCUUCUUCUUCUUCUUCUUCUCUUUUUGUCUCUUCCCCGGCACUGGUGCACGCUCUCGAAGGCGCGCUCCCGCCCUCGCGUCUAGGGUGGGGAUUUUCGCUUCCCGGAGACGCACCCGCUCUCCUGUCUCGACAGGCCGCGCAGUGUGGAGAGAAGGGAGGGAAGGAAGGAGAGAAGGACGGAGAGAAGAAAGGAGGGACUGAUGUCGCGCCGACAGAGGGGGAGAUGGAGGCGCCAGAAGAGAGGGCCCGAAGCGAGGAAAACACAAAGAGACUGCGCUACGCGGAAGUCUUGCAGCUGUGCUUAGACGCGGCCUUCUGCCCUGAGAUUUUGACAGACAGCGUGAAGAGAGACAGCUACUGCCAGCUGAUGGGUCGCUUUUUCACGGACCUUCCACAAGUCGGCGCUCGCGGGUUUCAGCGGGUAGCGGACUGGGCGACUGGCCCGUCGCAUCCGCGCCGUCUCGCGGUGGCGAUUCUCUCGCAGCUCCUCAAGAGAGGCCACAGCCUCCUCGCGCGCAGAACUGCCUUCUCGUUGGUUCUCACUCUGGAACAUGUUGGGGCCGAGAGCGUUCGCCGAUUGCUGCUGAAGCUGAUCAGUUCUCCCAAGGGUAUCUACGUCGUUCCCAAGGAGGGGGAAUCCGAAGCGCCGCCAGCGUGGCAAGAACCUCGGAGGCUCGUCCUCAAAUGCUUGCCUCCCGAAGGCCAACAGGCGUCGUCGCUUUCUUCUGCCUUCCUCGUUGCCGAUUCGGAGACAGGCGAGAGAGGGCAGAUGCAGAGAGGAGAAAAAGGCGAAGAAAGCUUGCUUAUCGGCGACCAGGAGAGGGAAGGAUGGGCCGAUGUCCGGCAGUACGGCCGCGCGUGGAUUGAGGCGUGUGCUGGCAUCAUGCUCAGAUCCAUCGCUCCCUCCGACAACCAGUUUGCUGCGCCGAUUGUCACCAAUUCCUUCAUCGCGUCUCUCGCUAGGCAAAUCCUUCUUCGAUCGGAAACUCGCGCUGCCGCGCGAGCUGUGGCGUCUCCUGCGGCGCAUGCAGCGGCCUCGUCGCUGGCAUCGCCUCAAACACAACCCGGCCCGCAUCUGGACGCCGACAGCCUGCAGGAGAGACUGAACUGUUACCUCACUCUCUGCGUUCGCCAGCCUCGUCUUCUCCACCCUUUCUUUGAGGUGUUUCUUCUCUGUCCUUCUCACCGACCGGAUCUCGAGCGGCUCUUUGCCAAAUGUAUCGCCCAGAUCUCGCCGCCGUGUCACUCUGAAUACGUGAGACUGCUUCAGUUUUACGAGCCGGAACACGAGGCUCUCGCGCUUCUCCUCGUCGAACACUGCGUCGCCUUCGCCUUCGCAAACCCCACGGCAGACCUGCGGCAUCUGCCGGCUCUCGUUGCCGCGGUGUGGGCCCUCACCCAAGAGGGGAACGAGGAGAAAGCGGGAGGAGAUGCUGGCGAGGAGACAGGAGACACUGGCGAGGAGAGAGUGGCGGAGCAGCGCAGAAGAGACAGUGCAGUCAAACUCGCGCUCUCGCUCGUUGCUUUCUUUGACAGAUCACAGCUCGUGACUCUCCUUCCGAAAUUUAUUUUCGGCGAUUUUAGCGAAGCACAAAUGAAGACGGCGCUCAAGCGCCUCUUGACCAUCCCGCGCGACCUCCAAGAGAAGGCGUAUCCUGGGCAUUCGGUUAUGCCGCCAGAAGACAUCCUCAUGCUUCUCUACAACCUCCCUUGCGCAACAAGUGAGCAGCGCAAGAAACAGACAACGGUUCUCGACUUCUGCCUGGACUUGACCGGGUGCACAAGCCGAGCCGAGACGCCAACGGAGAUCUUCCCCAUCGAUGUCAUCGCUUCGACGUGUCAGCGAAUCGCAGACGACGACUCGCAGCCCGUCUCGGUGAUCUUCGGGCGUCUCCUUUGCCAGGUGGCGCAGAACAUCCCGUCUCUCCGCGAGUUCGUGGCGGGCACAGUCAUGCCGGCGCUCGUCAGACGGAAGAUCUGGACAAAUCGCAGCUUGUGGAAAGGCUUCGUGAUGGCCACGUCGAUUUUGUGGGCGGAGCAGAAGGACUUGCUCGUCAGAAUUGUUCUCGUGCUCCCUGAGGACAAAACGAGAGAUCUCCUGCAGCAUCUCCAGCAGCGACACCCUGUCACUGCCGACAUCUCGACAUUCCUGUACCAAGACGAUCAGGCGCGCCGGUCGUGUCCACAUUACCUGCGGAUUCUCCUAGGCCUGACAAACUAG